UAAAUCACAACAUGUUGCCCUAGAAGUAGAAGCAAUCCGCUAUCAUCCAGACCUGGAGAAAGCUUCGCUUCUCUUCACUGUCGCCACUUACUAAAACCCUUUUCCUCUUUACAUUUCCAUCUACUUAUCGAUCGCCUAAAGUGUUAGCAGAAUCUCUGUAGUCAGAGGAGAUUUAGUGCUUAGUUAAGAUGUCUGACGAAGAAACGAAGGAGGAGAAGGAGCUAGAUCUCAGUUCUCCUGAAGUUGUUACCAAAUAUAAGAGUGCUGCUGAGAUCGUCAAUAAGGCGUUGCAGUUAGUAUUGUCGGAAUGCAAACCAAACGUUAAGGUCGUAGAUGUAUGUGAGAAGGGCGACGCCUUUAUCAGAGAGCAAUCCGGAAAUAUGUACAAGAACGUGAAGAAGAAGAUCGAGAGGGGUGUUGCCUUCCCGACAUGCAUCUCCAUUAACAACACAGUUUGUCAUUUCUCCCCUCUCGCCAGUGAUGAGACGGUUCUGCAAGAAGGUGAUAUGUUGAAGAUUGAUAUGGGAUGUCACAUAGAUGGGUUUAUUGCUAUAGUUGCUCACACUCAUGUCCUACAAGAAGGGCCAGUGACUGGGAGGGCAGGGGAUGUCAUUGCAGCUGCCAAUACUGCUGCUGAAGUUGCUCUACGGCUUGUGAGACCAGGAAAAAACAAUAAAGAUGUUGCAGAAGCUAUUCAGAAGGUUGCUGCUGCUUAUGACUGCAAGAUUGUUGAAGGUGUUCUCAGUCAUCAGCUAAAGCAGUUUGUGAUCGAUGGGAACAAAGUCAUAUUAAGUAUUUCCAGCCCUGAUACAAGAGUUGAUGAUGCUGAAUUUGAGGAGAAUGAAGUCUAUGCAAUUGAUAUAGUGACCAGCACUGGUGAGGGAAAGCCUAAGUUGUUGGAUGAGAGGCAAACUACUAUUUACAAGAGAGCUGUGGACAAGAAUUAUCACUUGAAAAUGAAAUCAUCGAGGUUCAUCUUUAGUGAAAUAAGUCAGAAGUUCCCCAUCAUGCCCUUUUCAGCAAGGGCUCUAGAAGAGAAGAGAGCCCGGCUAGGAUUAGUGGAAUGUGUGAACCAUGAUCUCUUGCAGCCUUAUCCUGUUCUUCAUGAGAAGCCUGGUGAUUAUGUUGCCCAUAUAAAAUUCACUGUUUUGUUAAUGCCAAAUGGGUCAGACCGGAUCACAUCCCAUGCGCUGCAGGAGCUACAGCCUGCAAAGACAAUUGAUGACCCUGAGAUUAAGGCCUGGUUAGCUCUUGGUACAAAGACAAAGAAGAAAGGUGGUGGGAAGAAGAAAAAGGGUAAGAAGGGUGACAAAGCAGAUGAAUCUGGAGAACCAGAGGCCAUGGAUGCAACGACAAAUGGUGGAGCAUCUCAAGAAUGAUUUUCCCUUUUUUCUCCCAAUUUUGGUACUCUUUUACUCUCUUUGUAUCUGCUUUUGCUGGCUCGGGGAGACCAUACAGCUCUGGCUUCUUAAUGUAUGCAUGCGGAUAUUAAUCUGAAGUGGAGAGAUGCAUGUUUCCCCGUUUCUAUACCCUGUUAAUUCUUCUCUAUUGAUUUACAACGAAAAAACAAAGAAAUUCAGAGCUAUCCAUUUUAUGAUCACUCAUUGUAGGCACAAUGAAGUUAGAAAGGAUAUUACCUUAAUAGAUUGACAAUUAGUAUGCUUA